UAUUUUCUUCUUAUUAACAUUGCAGUGUGCCCAACCGGGUUCCGCGAAAUCGGUGACGACUUGUGUCUGAAGCCUCACACCCAGCCCCUUGAUUAUGAUGCUGCAAUUGCCAGAUGCGCUGAACUGGCACCGGACGGUCGACUCUUCAACAUCCGCAGCCAGGCUCAUAACGAGAUGCUGAUCGGUUUUCUCCAACGCUUCCAAACUCGUACUGGGAGAGGACGCGGUCUGUGGACUGGUCUGACGGAUAAAGCCGCCGAGGGUACUUUCGAGUGGGAGGACGGCACGGCAUUUGACCCAGAAGGCUACACCAACUGGGCUGAGGGUGUUCUUGAAGAACGUCAAGGCGGGCUACGUGAUUGUGUCUUCAUGAAAAAGGACGACGGCUGGCAGUGGAACAUCCAAAAAUGUGAGACCCGGCGGGAGAGAAACGCCUUCAUAUGUAAAGCACCCAAGGCUCCUGUGCCCUCCGAAUGCUAAAGACAUUUAAGAAGUUUGUCACAGCCUUGUAUGUCAAAAUGUCUGCAAUCAUCAUCCGUAAAUAACUUCAUCAGGUUGGGAAUUAUUCGUAUAGUAAGGUUCUUUAGGCACAACCAA